CACCACGCGGUCGUCGACGGUGUCACACGGUAGUGAACCCGGUGAAAUUUGUUUAUUAACUCGAAUCAUGAGGCUGAGCAAUAUUGCUUGAAUUUUGAACUAUAGGACCGCGUGAUUCGUCCGAUUUCAUUUCUUUCGUUAAGGGUUCGAGUGAGAAUGUCCAGGCUUUGAAGGCUUCCGGGUCAGACCGGAUGUCUAAGGAUUUAGCGGUGCAGACACUUCGCCAUUCCGCCGACGUUUAAACGGCAAUCAGGCAGAUCGAAUGUCCGAUUCGUCCCAACCUAGAGGUAACCGUUGUCUUCUCAAGCCGUGAGAAGCGUCUUCUUCUCCAUCCUCAUCUCGUCCCGAAGAUACUGACCUCCAGUCCUACCUUGGUGAUCAACGCGACGAGUGUUAGGACUGUGUUUGUCCGGUACUGUCCAGGAAACGAAGAUCCAAAUUCAACUAUAAAACCGGUGUCUGUCGUUCCACGCCAAAGUGCAGUGCCUGUCGUCUUGAUCCUGUCCUCAGUGGGACGAUCAGACAGAGACUUUGAAUCUCGUGGAAUUUUAUUGUGAUCAUUUCACGUCUGAGGGUAAAAUGUUCGUCGAAAGCAGUCGACUGGCCAUCGCUUUUGCACUGGUGAUUUGCUUGCUGGCAGCGUUAUUGCAGUUGUCGGACUGUCGGCCUCACAUUCGCCAUCACCGAGGCGAUUCUCGAUGCAGACGUUGCGAGCCAGGAUGGGGAGUGACGUCGCGAUGCUCGAAGGGCCGAGACACGGAAUGUGGAAAAUGCCGGAAGGGCACUUACAGCCCUCACCACAGCGUCCAGCCCUGCUGGAUAUGCUCGAGAUGUGGUCCAGGACUCUACGAGGCUCAUCCUUGCACAAGCCGCGCCGACACGGUCUGCGACUCCUGUCACCGGGCCCCGGGCGAGGCCUCGGAGAACCCCGACUUCCGCCGGAAGUGCAAGGGCCUCAACUUCUUCCUGGCUCCCGAGGACGCGGCCAACACCGGGGAACAGAGUGUCCUGGUUAACGAGCCCAAGGAGAGGUUCGACAUGGAUGGCCGGGACAUUAUACUCCAGGAGGACGUCGCGGCCGCGGCCGAUGUCCAAAUUCGGAAUUCCAAUUAUUGAUGAAAGAUUGCGCGUUUCACCGAUAAGAAUUACUCGGGGAUUCUUGGACAAUAUCUCGGGAU